AAACGAUGUCGUUUGAAGUUUGAACACGAUGGGGGAGCACUGCAGUACCCUACUGUUUAGCGGAGACGAGCAGUUGAAGACAGCCGCCAGCGGAGGUGACAGCAUCGGAAUAUAAAAAAAAAGAAAAAACCCCUCAGAUUGAAGGAACGAUUCAAUGCGUGCACUCGUGAGAGUGAGCAAUAACUAUCUUUGCUCAUCCUUUAGCCAAAUCCACAAGUCACAGUAUCGCUCCAUCUUCUCUACACCACAGCUUCAGGCCUCAUGGAUGGACAAGGUCAAAAACGUCUUUACAGGCCAAAACCCCAAGCAAAACGACUCCUCCUCCGAAUCGUUCACCCUCCUCCGCUUUGCGGAUGAAAUGAAGAACGCAAGAAGGAUCGGCACCUUUAAGCAGUUUGUGGUUGGAAGAAGCAGCGAAGUCACCUUCACCACCGCCUUCGAAAAAUACGAAGCUAUCCUUCGAUGCCUCGCCAAUUUUGAUCCUACCGGAGAGAAUCUGACUAGGGAUCAAAAACAAGAAGCGGCGAAGCAUUGUAACUCGACGCUUGUUGAAGUUGAGAAUACGCUUGCCAAGUUCACUUGGGCGAAGUUAGCGCAGAAGAAGAUUGAGAAGUUAAAAGAAGAGGGAAAACCAUUGCCCACAACUAUUAGCGAGGUCCAAAAGCUGGUUGGUUCAACUCCAUUGGAUCUUGCAAGGUCUAAUAUGGAAAUAUAAAUGGUGUUGUGGAAAGACUUCAAGAAAAUCAGGGGUUGUAAAUUAAACUGCGAGGAAGGUGCUCACAAAUGGCUGAAUGAAUCUGCAGUCCUACAUGUUCUAUUUUAAUUCUGAUCAAGCUGCAUACUGCAAUAAGCUGGUGUUAGGAUGAGAUAUUUUGCGAAAUAGUUGCUUGGGUUUAUUUUGCUCAUAAUUUUGAGUUGUGCAUAGGCAGAACUGAAUAGAAUGAUUUUUGUUCACUGUAGCAGUAGCUAGCUAGUUAGUUCUCUUCUUUCCCUUACUCCCAAAUGAAAGGCACGAGAAUAAGAAACAAAGGUUGAAGGAAUAUAUUAUUUUGUUGCUAUAUCA